GAGCAGGAACAAUUCAUGAACGAAGAGUAUCUGGUGACCAGGCCGGCGUCGACUACAAGAACACUUCGUUGUUGCCCCGGCGGUCUUCAUCUUUUCUACCGGUGUAGAUGGAUGACGUACGACCAUACGACCAAGCGCUGGGCGGGCAGGAAAAGAAACUCAGGCUUCCCAACCAUUACCAAACGUUGUUGUGGUGCAUUACGGUCAUCCAGUUUCUACAAGAGACUCCAUUGCUCCAAUUGUUCUGCUGUGGAGAGUCAAUUUCUCCGUGUGUGCCGCAUCCCUCGUUCCCCCAGCGGGAGUUCUCUGCGGAUAGCUUCCUCAGGAUCCUCUACUCAUCCCGUGGGUCACGGUGUGGCCAGCUCCGAAAGCUUCAAGGAUUUUGAAUUACCACUCGCAGUGAUUCGUUCGUUGUGUUUUCUGAAUUUCAUCUUGCGGAAUGGCGCGCCUGUAUAUCAGGCAUGGACACGGAGGAACAGGCGAUUUUCCUGCUGCAUCCCCCGGUGGGUGAUAAGUCUUCUCCUGCAAUGUAGACAGCCUGGGCGACGUACGCCGGGUGUUUUCGUGCCAUAG